CUUCAAGCUGAUGAGUGCGACUGAAAUAGGCGACAGUCAACUUGUAGUGAAUUCGCUCGGGAAAAGUACCGAACAAUAAACAACAAUUUUAAUUAAAUUACGGCCGCUGCAAGUGCGUGAUUGACUGUAAAUUGUCGUGAAGUGACCAUAGUGUGAAAUUAGAUAGGCGAGCGUGCGUGAGAAUACGAAUUUACAUUGAAUUUGGAAAGUUUCAGCCACGUCAUGUUGGCUGAGGGUGAAACUUCGUAGACGCCUUCGGUUGCCCUGCACCCCGCGCGCGGAACGGACUAGUUCACGGCGAAUUGAAACAACAAGACGACGAGUGAGACGGCGACACCGCGAGAACGGCGACUUUCCGACUUUCAUUGAAAUACGGCAACGACUUUGAUAGAAUCUCCGCUCGUCCUCUGUUCGGCUUCCGUGCAAUUUCUAGUGAGUUACGGACAUAAAACGACCCGGGACAAAGGCGCCCGUCCGCGAAGCGUCUGGACGCCGUAGUUUUUAUAUAAUUUAGGUCCGCGACGUUCGCCAGCGCCUGCAAGCGAGUCGCAAUCGCAUUCACUUUCGCUGUGGAAGCAGAGUAAGCUGUCGCCGCACGUACUCGCAAUUGAUCGUUGCAGUGCGCCCAGCUCGCAUAUUACCGACUGUGAUCUCAACCGAAAACCCGGCCAUUAGUGUUUUUCCCGCCCGUAGACCUCACAUUUAUGACUAGAAAUGGAUGAGACGCAACCGAAAACCCUUUACGUGGGGAACCUCGACCAUGUCAUCAACGAGGACUUCCUCAUUACCCUGUUCAACACUUUAGGUGCUGUUAAGAGCUGUAAGAUUAUCAGGGAGCCCGGCAACGACCCCUACGCCUUCAUCGAGUUCACUUCCCACCAAUCGGCCGCUACUGCUCUGACUGCAAUGAACAAACGAGUUCUGUCCAACAAAGAAAUUAAGGUUAACUGGGCCACGAGCCCCGGCAACCAGCCAAAGACAGACACCAGCUCACAUCACCACAUAUUCGUGGGAGACCUAAGUCCCGAAAUCGAGACGGAAACCCUUCGCGAGGCAUUCGCUCCGUUCGGCGAAAUCUCAAAUUGCAGAAUCGUCCGCGAUCCACAGACAAUGAAGUCGAAAGGCUACGCGUUCGUGUCAUUUGUGAAGAAAGCCGAGGCAGAGAACGCGAUCCAGGCCAUGAACGGCCAGUGGCUGGGCUCGCGUUCAAUCCGAACAAACUGGUCGACACGAAAACCGCCACAACCUCGCGAACAGAACAAAUCGGGCCAAAAGCUCGGCCGCCCCACAUACGAGGAGGUGUACAAUCAAACUAGCCCAACAAAUACGACAGUUUACUGCGGCGGCUUCCCGCCGAAUGUGAUUAGCGAAGAUCUUAUGCACAAACAUUUCGGGCAGUUCGGCACAAUCCAGGACGUGCGGGUAUUCAAGGACAAGGGAUACGCGUUCAUCAAGUUCACAACGAAAGAAUCGGCUGCUCACGCCAUAGAAGUAACACACAAUACCGAGGUGCACGGCUAUCCAGUGAAGUGCUUUUGGGGCAAGGAAAAUGGCGGGGAUAUGGUAAUGGGUGGCAAUGCAGGCGGUGCAGCUGCCGGUGUUGUAUUCAGCCCAACUGUGCCAAAUGCACAGACCAUAGGCGGACAAAUAAUUUCACCCCAAGGUGCCCAGUAUCCGUACGCUUAUCAGCAAAUGGGGUAUUGGUACGCUCCGACGGGUUAUCCUGCGCAAAUGUCGGCACAAUAUAUGCAACAAGGCUACUAUCCAUACGCCUACGCUGCAGCUCAACAAGGAGCCGGAGGUAAUAUUGGAUAUCGUAUGGUACAGCCAAAUGUUGCAUGGGGUGUACCGGGGGGCGUGCCCGGCGUGACCACCGCAGCUGGAGCUGCAACGAAUGGUAGUGCCACACAGCCACAAAUGAUGUACAGUGCGGCUAUGCCGCAAUACCAGACACAAUGAAUUCAUCGAUAGUCCGCCUAAACCUUACUGAUAAAAAAAAAUGAUUUAUAAAACAAAAUAAAAAAUACACAAGCAAAAGAGAGAGGGUUUAAGAUGAAACGUUCCGGAGUAGGGCAAGACCAUCAUGAAGAGCGCGGCGGGAUAACCCCGUACCAACCGACCGAGAGUAAAAUAUAUUUAGAGUUACAAACAAUAUUGUAAAAUAUUGAUACAGACAUAAAAUACAAUAAAGCGUUUGUAAGAAAAGCAUAGGGCGUCAUGUGGAAGCGACAAGAGCGAAUAAUUAGUGAGAAAUGUAAUUUAUAUAAAGAAGUUUAACAAUUUUACGAUGUUAAAGGGAAGAGGAGAGAAUAAAACAAAUCGUAAAGAGCGUUAUUACAGAA